UUUCACAUUUUACUACUGGCGAGAGUUGAAAGACGCUUCCAGAGAGAUCGUCUCCGAUAUCCCUAGAGAGUGGAAUACAGAUACGUACCACAUGGCUUUCUUAAGUAAAGUUGGAAGGAUAUUCAGGCAGACCAGCACCCAUGUCACUGCCUCUAACUCAAUGCUACAGAGCAUCCGUUGCAUGUCAUCGUCAAAAAUCUUUGUUGGAGGUAUCUCCUACAGCACUGAUGAGUUUGGCUUAAGAGAAGCUUUUAGCAAAUAUGGAGAAGUUGUUGAUGCGAAAAUUAUUGUGGACCGUGAAACUGGCAGAUCGAGGGGAUUUGCUUUCGUAACGUUCACUUCAACCGAGGAGGCUAGUAAUGCCAUGCAAUUGGAUGGACAGGACCUUCAUGGUCGAAGAAUUAGGGUGAACUACGCAACUGAAAGAGGAGGUGGAUUUGGGGGAAGGGAUUCGGUGGUCCUGGUGGUGGGCAAUGCGGGUGGUUACGGUGCUCCAGCUGGUGGUUAUGGAGGGGGUGGUUACGGAGGUGGUGGUUACGGAGGUGGUGCUGGUGGUUACGCUGCUCCAGCUGGUUACGGAGGUGGUGCAGGUGGUUACGGUGAUUCAGCCGGUGGUUAUGGAGGUGGCUCUUCUUAUGGUGGAAAUGCUGCUGGUGGUGGUGGUUAUGGAGGUAACUCUCCUUAUGGUGGCAAUGCCGUUGGUGGUGGUGGUGAUUCUGGAAGCAACUUUGGCGGCGGAUAUGGUGUUGCUGGUGGUGUUGGUGGAAGUGACAACUUUGCCCAAGGCAGUUCUUCUAAUGCUGGCUUUGAUGACAAGUUUAGCAGCAACGAACCUUUAGGCAAUGAUACGGAUCAUCAGCUUGAAAGCGGGUUUGGUGGCGAUGAGCAGUUUGGUGGCGGUGACAAUCAAUUCGGUGACUCAGAGAAUGGUAAAACAGAGGCUGGCCCUGACGGGUUUGAUCAGACUGACGAUGGCGAUGUUGCAAAGCGAGCUUAAUCUCUACAAUGUUGCGCCGCCUACGUUACUCAUUUGCGUCCUCGCACUUUUCUUUGCAGUUUCAGACUAAGCUUAAUAGAAGUUUCUUAAUUUAUGUUUUUUAAGUUGGGGUUGUUUAUCAUGUAGAGACCUCUACUGUUGGUCGUUUUUUAAUGUUUUCUGACAUUUGAGGCUCAUGAAUAAUAAUAAUUGUAAUAAUUUCUAACA